ACGCUGGGGAAAAGACAGAAAAGGGUGUCAGCGGCUACGGCGCGAGGUCAGGGAAUGGCGAGAAGCCUCUCGUACAUCACGGCGCCGCAGCUCAUCUCCAUCGCCCGCAACCCUCGCGUGGCCAUCGUCGACGUCAGGGACGAGGAGAGGAGUUACGACGCCCACAUCGCAGGGUCGCUUCACUAUGCCAGCGACACCUUCUCGGAGAGGAUGCCGGACCUCCUCCACGCUGUCAAGGGCAAGGACACCCUAGUCUUUCAUUGCGCCCUCAGCCAGGUUCGAGGUCCAUCAUGUGCCCGUAAGUUUUUAGAAUACUUAUCAGAGACAAAAGAUGCAGGAAUCAACAAUGUUAUGGUUUUGGAUCGCGGCUUUAAUGGCUGGCAUGCCUCUGGCAACCCUGUUUGCCAAUGCACUACUAAUCCUUGCACAGGUAAUUGUGCUUAGAAAUUAGGUGAAGAACUUAUCAAAAUAAUAAGUGUGCCAAUUUUCAUGAAUACACUAUUUAAUUGUCAUCAAUAUUGGGUGAAGAUUGAUCUGAUAAAAUAGUUCUCGUUAUUAUGUUCGAGUUUGUGACUACACUCUGUACUCAGGCAAUUUUAUUUACCAUGUUAUCAUGGCUGGCUUAAUGAUGAUGAUGCAAUCACUCGUCUAUUUGGCUUCA